AUGACGCUCAAACAGAUCGUCGGUCAAAAAGUGUUGGCGGAUGUUAUUCAGCCGCUGAAAAAGAAAGCUGGCUGGAAUGUGUUGGUUGUGGAUCGGUUGGCGAUGAGGAUGCUGUCGGCGUGCUGCAAAAUGCACGAUAUCAUGGCCGAAGGAAUUACUAUUGUCGAGGAUCUGAUGAAAAACCGUGAACCCCUCCCCAGCCUCGACGCCAUCUACCUGAUUGCACCCACGCAAGAAUCGGUGAAUCGCCUCAUCCAAGAUUUCACCAUUCGCUGCCAAUACAAGCAGGCCCAUGUAUUUUUCACCGAAGCCUGCCCCGAUCAACUUUUCAACACCCUAUCCAAGUCGGCCGCUGUCCGUUUCAUAAAAACACUAAAAGAAAUCAAUAUUGCCUUCACCCCGUAUGAGUCUCAGAUCUACACCUUGGAUUCUCCUGAUACAUUCACACUGUACUUUAACCCACAGAAGCAGAGCGGUCUCACUGUAAACCUUGAGCGUAUUGCCGAACAAAUCGCGACUGUCUGCGCCACAUUGGGAGAAUAUCCUUCAAUUAGAUACCGUGCGGAUUUUGAGCGAAACAUGGAAUUGGCUCAGCUGGUCGAGCAGAAACUUGACGCCUACAAGGCCGAUGACCCAACGAUGGGCGAUGGCAACGAGAAGGCCCGCUCACAACUCAUUAUUAUUGAUCGUGGCUUCGAUCCACAGACUCCUCUGCUUCACGAGCUGACCCUUCAAGCCAUGACUUAUGAUCUCUUAGGCAUUGAAAAUGAUGUCUACAAAUAUGAAACCGGUGGCAAUGAGAGUGUCGACAAAGAAGUCCUUCUCGAUGAAAAUGAUGAUCUCUGGGUGGAAAACCGGCAUAAACAUAUUGCGAUGGUGUCCCAAGACGUGACGAAAGGAUUGAAGAAAUUUUCCGACAGCAAGAUGGGCGUCAAGGAUUCGAAGAACAUCAAGGAUCUAUCAAUGAUGAUCAAGAAAAUGCCACAGUUUCAAAAGGAACUCAACAAGUUCAGCACCCAUUUCCACCUGGCUGAAGAGAACAUGAAACGCUAUCAGGGUGGUGUCGAUAAGCUCUGCAAAGUAGAACAGGAUUUGGCGAUGGGUGCUGACGCUGAUGGUGAACGGAUUAAGGAUCCGAUGAAGCUGAUGGUGCCGCUCCUAAUUGAUCCGGCUGUACGUGUCGAGGAUCGUCUGCGACUUAUCCUCUUGUUCAUCCACAGCAAGAAUGGGAUUCCGGAUGAUAACCUGAAUAAACUUCUUCAACAUGCCAACAUUGCGAUGGCGGAGAAAGAGACUUUGACGAACGCAUCAUACCUUGGCCUUAAUAUCGCCACCGAGCAAGGCAAGAAAAAGACCUGGACGCCAACGCGACGAGAACGCCCAAAUGAGCAGAUCUAUCAGAGCAGCAGAUGGGUACCAAUUCUGAAAGAUGUGAUGGAGGAUGCAAUUGAUGAUAAACUGGAUAACAAGCACUUCCCAUUCCUUGCUGGUCGCCAAAUCACUUCUGGGUACCGAGCACCAACAUCCGCGCGCUACGGCCAGUGGCAUAAGGAGCGCGGCCAGGCUGGAGCUCAUCGCUCUGGGCCACGUUUGAUUAUCUUCAUCGUCGGUGGCGUUACAUAUUCUGAGAUGCGUGCCGCCUACGAGGUCACUCGCGACAAGAAGCCGUGGGAGAUCAUUGUCGGCUCCGACCAAAUCAUUACUCCUGACAAAUACCUGUCGAACCUCCGCGACCUCAAGAAGGAUACG